AUGCUGCCCACGUCGCCCUCACAGGAGCGUCGGAACUACCGCCCCGAGUGUGAGGCGGCGCUCAACAGCCACGCCGCCCUGGAGUUCCGUGCCUCUUUCCAGUGCCUGGCCGUGGCCUUCUACCUCGACCAUGAUGACGUGGGCUUGAAGCAUUUCUCCAGCUUCUUCCUGCUCCGCUCCCACGAGCACAGCAAAACAGCCGAGAGCCUGAUGUUCCUGCAGAUCCAGCGUGGAGGCCGAAUCUGCUUCCUCGACAUCAGAAAGCCUGAGACUCAACAGUGGGAGAGCGGACUCCAGGCUAUGCAAGACACCCUGCACUUGGAGAACUGCGUCAACCAGAGCCUGCUCGACCUGCACCAGCUGGCCACCAACAGCAGCGACACCAACCUGUACCAGUUCCUGGGGACCGGCUACCUGGAGAAGCAAGUUAAGUUCAUCAAGGAGCUGGGGGACCAUGUCAGCAACCUGAGGUCACCAGAAGGUGCCCUGACAGAGUAG